ACGCAGCAUCACCGGCAUCGUUAGAAUAAGCCCAAGUACACUCACACCUCCCGGUUCGCCGUCACGUCGUUUAAGGCAACGUGUAAGAGGGGAAGGCUCAACGGGAAACCAUAAAACUCCCCUCCGGUGUGACGAGGACUGCUUUUUUUUUUCUAAAGUGCGGUCAGAUUUUCCAAAUGCUUGUAAUGUGGAUGGUUUCUUUUUUUUUUGCACCGGGCGCUGCGAUGCCCCGCUGAGCAGGAGAUGAUUUGGUCACCUAAAGAUCAGGUUGAACUGGACUGCUGCUGCUGCUGCUGAUGUUAUCGCGCAAUGCGCUUUAUCUGCCCGGUGUCUCGGUGUGUGGAGGGAGCCAAGCGACAACAUCCACACAACUAAUGCCACGGGAGGCAUUGACUUAAAUCGCAAUAACGCUUUUCUUGCAAAGCCACGCUAUUUUUUUUUUCUUCUUUUUUUUGCGGCCAGCGAACACUCAAAAAGGUUGUUGUUUUCUUCUAAGCUUAAACAGUGUGUGUCCGUAGCUGUGCAGCGUUCGGAGCCCAAACUGUGUGUGGUUGUGUAUAAACACAUUAGUUGGAGAGCCGGGUACAUGCACUGUACGUGUACAUGAGACGGGGAGAAGCUAAGUGGCAACCAUAACCACCCGGAUCACACAGCCUCCUGUGCUGUAAGAUGGAUUAAAGCCCCACACCUCAGGAGAUCAAAGGUGGCUGUGACAGGGGCACCCCCGGGGCAGGACCCAUGAGGAGUCAUAGAAGAUGCUCACAGCCCGGGCGCUUCUGCUCUUCUUAGCCAUGUGGGUGAGAAGCACCUGUGGUGGCCCGCUCUCCUUCAGAAUAGCUGCCAUCCUCGAUGACCCCAUGGAGUGCAGCAGAGGCGAGCGUUUAGCCAUAACGCUGGCCAAAAACAACAUCAACAGGAGCACCAACCGUUCCACCACUGGCAAACUGGAGGUGGACAUCUUUGAGUUGCUAAAAGACAGCGAAUACGAGAUGGUAGAAACAAUGUGCCAGAUCAUGUUGAAAGGCGUCGUGGCGGUCCUCGGCCCCUCUGCCAGUCCGGCUUCCAACUCCAUCAUCAGCGAUAUUUGUGGAGAGAAGGAGGUGCCCUACGUGAAGGUGGCUCCAGAGGACAUUCUGAAGGUUCAGUUCCCCCGGUUCACCACGCUGGACCUGAGGCCAACCAACACGGACAUCAGCCUGGCUGUGGCCGGCCUUCUGACCUUCUUUAACGGCACCACGGCCUGCCUCAUCUGUGCACAGGCUGACUGCUUGCUGAACCUGGAGCAGCUGCUCAGCCAGUUCCUCAUCUCCAAGGAGACCUUGUCGGUGCACAUGCUUGACGACUGCAACGACCCGACCCCGCUUCUGAAAGAGAUACGAGAUGACAAGACCGCCACUAUCAUAGUCGAUGCCAACGCCACCAUGUCACAUAUCAUUUUGGAACGGGCGUCAGAACUGGGGAUGCUGUCAGUCUACUACACCUACAUCUUCACCUCUCUGGAAUUCUCUUUACUCCGACUGGACGACGUGGUGGACCACCGAGUCAACAUAGUCGGUUUUUCAGUCUUCAACAAAACUCAUCCCUUCUUCCAGGAUUUUACGCUAAGCCUUAACCGCUCCUGGCAAGAGAACUGUGACCACGCGCCCUUCGCCGGCACCCCACUCUCCUCGGCUCUGCUCUUUGAUGCGGUGUACGCGGUGGUGGCGGCGGUCCAGGAGCUGAACCGUAGCCAGAAUGUCGGCGCCACUCAGCUCUCCUGCAAGUCAUCUAAGAUCUGGGAGCACGGCACCAGCCUCAUGAAUUACCUGAGGAUGGUAGAAUUGGAAGGUCUAACGGGCCACAUUGAAUUCAACAGCAGAGGUCAGCGAUCAAACUACGAGCUGAGGAUCAUGCAGAACAGUCGGGAUGGACUCAGGCAGAUUGGCCUGUGGCACUCUGAAGAUGGAUUGUCCAUGGAGAGAAAACUUCCAUCAAUCAAUGUGACGGACACCCUCUUCAACACCACUCUGACCAUCACAACAAUACUAGAGAACCCGUAUGUGAUGCUGCGUCCGAACCACCAGGAGCUGGAGGGCAAUGACCGCUACGAAGGCUUCUGUGUGGACUUGUUGAAGGAGCUGGCCGAUACUCUAAAGUUCAAGUACCGCAUACGGCUGGUGGGGGACGGACAAUACGGGGUCGCCGGAGCCAAUGGAACGUGGACCGGCAUGGUUGGAGAGCUCAAAUCAAGGAAAGCGGACCUGGCAGUCGCAGGCCUCACCAUCACGGCAGAGCGUGAAAAGGUCAUUGACUUCUCCAAGCCCUUCAUGACCCUCGGCAUCAGCAUCAUGUACCGCGUCCACCUGGGACGUAGGCCCGGCUACUUCUCCUUCCUGGAUCCCUUCUCCCCGGGUGUCUGGCUCUUCAUGCUUUUGGCCUACUUGGCUGUCAGCUGUGUCCUCUUUCUGGUGGCCAGAUUGACGCCUUACGAGUGGUACAACCCCCACCCGUGUCUUAAAGGUCGCUGUAACCUGCUGAUAAACCAGUACUCGCUGGGCAACAGUUUCUGGUUCCCCGUUGGAGGCUUCAUGCAGCAGGGAUCCACCAUUGCUCCGAGAGCUCUGUCAACACGUUGUGUCAGCGGAGUGUGGUGGGCGUUCACAUUAAUCAUCAUCUCAUCCUACACUGCUAACCUGGCUGCCUUCCUAACAGUCCAGAGGAUGGAGGUGCCGAUAGAGUCCGUAGACGACCUGGCAGAUCAGACAGCGAUAGAGUACGGCACCAUGCACGGAGGCUCCACCAUGACCUUCUUCCAGAACUCUCGCUACCAGACUUACCAGCGUAUGUGGAACUUCAUGCACUCAAAACAGCCCAGUGUGUUUGUUAAGAGCACGGAGGAGGGCAUCGCCCGUGUCCUCAACUCCAACUAUGCUUACUUGCUAGAGAGCACCAUGAACGAGUACUACCGCCAGAGGAACUGCAACCUGACUCAGAUUGGAGGGCUGCUGGACACCAAGGGCUACGGCAUCGGCAUGCCGCUGGGGUCAGUGUACCGUGAUGAGUUCGACCUGGCCAUCCUCAAAAUGCAGGAGGACAAUCGUUUGGAGAUCCUCAAGAGGAAGUGGUGGGAUGGUGGCAAGUGUCCAAAGGAAGAGGACCACCGCGCCAAAGGGCUGGGCAUGGAGAACAUCGGUGGUAUCUUCGUGGUGCUGGUGUGUGGCCUGCUGGUGGCUAUCUUCAUGGCAGUACUGGAGUUUGUCUGGAUGUUAAGGCAGACACCCGGACACGAGCAGUCCGUGUGCGAGGAGAUGCUGCGGGAGCUCCAUGGGAUCGUCCUGUGUCGGGACAGCCUGCAGGUGAGGCGCAGGCGGGGGGCUUUGGUGCUUCGGCCGCGGCCCUUAUUGCCCCUGGAGGAGCGUCGCGCCCGCGCCGCCGCCGCCAGCCUCAGCAACGGCAAGCUGUGCGCGGGCACCGGACUGCCCGAGCCCCUCUCCCACAGACUGGCGCAGGAGGCGGCCCUGGUCGCCAGGGGCUGCAGCCACAUCCGCAUUUGCCCCGAGUGCCGGCGCUUCCAGGGACUGAGGCUGCGUCCUUCGGGGGCCCUCCCUUCUCCCACACACAGCGAGGAGAGCAUAGAGUGGGACAAGACCACAAAUAGCAGUGAACCCGAAUAACGCGCCGUGAUCACGAAAGGACGGACUUUUCCCCAGCAGCCACCUGUCCACUUCGCAGGGAUCAGAGGAUUUUGAUUCAUUCGGCCAUCUGGAGCUUGGUCUCACUGGGCAGGACGGUGCUGUGUACUUUGUUUUGCCCUCGAGGCAAAUGCCUGUAGUCCAGUCUCCUUGGGUGAUUCUUUUUUCCUUUGGUCGUAGGAGAAACUGAUGAGUCUCGUUUUGGUCUGUCCCUUUUGGCCCUCUGUACUAAGUCAGAGAGGGCGGAUAAAAACAGCUAUGGGGCAUUUGUACUAUGCAGUAUUUUCAGUCAUUUAUCAUGUGCUGUUAUCUUUUUUUCCUGUUUUUUAAAUUAUUUUCGCCCUCUGUUGGAUUAUUAUAAAAUAUUGUUAUUCUAUUGUUCUUAGUAAAAACUUUAAAUGAGUUCCUUUUUUUUAUCUGACAAUUUGCCGUAGGAUCGUAUAUUGCCUAUGAAGAGCUGCAAAGAUGAAGAGACCGAUGAGAGGUCAUCUCCAAAUCCUUUUAUUUUGAAAGUGCCAAAUACCACAAGUAUCAUCUUGUGGCUAAAGAAAGCACCACGGCCUUGAGGAGACAACAAUGUGAACUGAACCUAGGAAACAGACAAACACACUGACUUCUUUUAUAGUAGUGAUAUUCCCUUAAACCCUGUUUUAACUGUCGGGUCUCUGAAGGACAGCGAUGCACGUUCAGAAGUGUUCAAAGGUGCUCAUCUGUGAUUAAUAGAUGUGGUUGCUUGGUCGCUGCAACAAGGAUUUCCUGUUUUCAAUCCCUGCUUAAAAACAUGACGGCUACACACCCACAAAGACAUCUAUUGCUUCCCUUCUUUCUUUCUCCUACAUCUGUCUUAACAUUUUUGUCACCGUGACACAUUUAUUAUCAUUAAACUGUAUUUUUUAUGGU